AUGCGUGUGGGAGGGGAUCUAGGGCUUUUGUCGAGCUUUGUGGUGGUGGUGGUGGUGGUAUUGGGACCGGUGAUCGGGUUUUUUAUUGUCCGCCGGAAAUGGCGGCAUGCGGUGGCCAGGAGAGAGGAGAUCAAGCGGCUUUUGGUUUUCGCUUCGGAAGAGGCGGCUAGGGCCGAGCUCGAGGCCACCACUGGGUCUAGCUAUGACUACGGCUCUGCGGCUGUGGAGGUAUCGGCAUCACAUUCCCGGCAGUUGCAGUAUCAUUGUGCUGUGUGCUUUUGCCCAACCACCAGGCGGUGCGUCCAAUGUAAAGCUGUUCGGUACUGCUCAGGGAAAUGUCAAAUUAUUCACUGGAGACAAGGUCACAAGGAUGAAUGCCGUCCUUUUAUCACUGUUCACCAGAUCAAUGAUGUGGAAGGCAUUUCUAAUCUGAAGGCAUCAAAACAAGGAGAAAUUGAGAGUUGUGGUAAUGUCUUUGAGAACGAAGGGGAACAGCAUGCUAAACCAGUGGAAACAUCCAUUGACAAGCCUUCAAGUUCUUAUUCCAGUCGCUUGGAAGUACCUCAUGAGAAGGGUAAUAUUGCAGAUGAGUGUGUUGCAUAUGACAAAGGAGCAAAUUUGGCCUCUAAAAUUACCACUCACUUAUCAUCUAAGGGUUUUUCUGCAUCCCCUACAUCUAGUGAAUCAUCUGUUGAUGCUUCUGCCGGUGAUUUAAAUGAUUCUUGGAGAUUGAAUGAGCAUCAGUCCACUAAUGAUGCUCUGGAGAAAUUUGACACUAAUUGUGUAAACAGUAAUCAAACCAAGCCACCUUUCUCAAAGCACCCCCAUUUGGCCAACUGUGUAGAUAAUUUUAUCAGUUCAGGUAAGUUUGAACAAAUCAAACCCAGUUGUAUUGAAGGAGAUAAUCAGUGUGGAUCAUCAAGUUCAUCACGUUGGAGUGUUGAUGGCUCCCACGGGUCUUCAUUUUCUGAGCCUUCUACACCCUCUUCUGGUUUCUGGGAUGGAACUCUCGACUCCAGUAGGUUUAGAAAUGAUCCGCUUGAUAAUUCUGUUCAGUCUAGUUCCACUGAGGCUGGUGAUGGAAAUAUGUCAGAAUCUCAUUCUUCUCUAAGUCCUUCCUUUGCUUUGGCUGGAAAUGCCGUUUCUUCCGUGGAUGUACAAGGCUCUGACACCAAAACUAUCAUUCCGAAUAAAGCUCAAUCAACUAAGUUGGGGAUCAAGGAGCCUACUGACAGAACUAAACUACCAGAAGAUAUAAAUAAAACUAGUUCGAAGUCCAUGGGGUCAUUGUCAUCGAGCUCUGAAAUUUCUGCUCAUACUGUUGUUGACACCUGCUGUGAGUCUCGUGUAUUGAAAGCUGGUGAAAUUUCUUCAUCUAAAGCAUGUCAAGCUAAUCCAGCUUCGGGCACUGGAAGGCAUUCAUUAAUUAAAGAUGCUUUGAAGGUCAGUCGGUUGCCAUCCUUGUGCGUUGAGCGGCCAAAUAUUGGGCUUAAUGACAUAAGCUGCACUUUGCAUGUGCCACAAUCUAAAGAAGGAUCUUUAUCAUCCAAAGGUUAUGGUGCUCAUUUAUCUUCUAGCACUGGAAGACAUACAGUCCAGAGUGUGCAAUCGGUGCCAAUUGAGACUGCUCACAAGGCUGCGACUGGUUCCUCUGAGUUUCCCAGUCCAUCACAGAAUGCUAGGAAAGCGUCAGUGAGGAAAGUUGGUGACCUGCUCAGAGUGUCCAACUCUUCAUGUCAUCCUUUAGGAGCCGGGAGUGAGAUUGUGGGAAGAUACAGUAACAAGGGUCUCUUUCCAUACGAACUGUUUGUGAAGCUUUAUAAUUGGAGCAAGGUUGGAUUGCACCCGUGUGGCCUUAUGAAUUGUGGGAACAGUUGUUAUGCUAAUGCCGUGCUCCAGUGCUUGGCUUUCACCCCGCCUCUCACUGCUUAUUUUCUCCAAGGGCUUCAUUCCAAAUCAUGUGGAAAGAAAGAAUGGUGUUUCACUUGUGAAUUUGAAAGUCUAGUUCUGAAGGUAAAGGAAGGGAGUUCUCCACUAACUCCAAUUGGGAUUUUAUCCCAGCUACAAAACAUUGGAAGUCACCUUGGUAAUGGCAGACAAGAAGACGCGCAUGAAUUUCUGAAGAAUGCUAUUGAUGCUAUGCAAUCUGUUUGUCUAAAGGAAGCUGGGGUAAAUGCAUCAGGUUCUUUGGAAGAAACCACUCUCAUUGGCCUUACAUUUGGGGGAUACCUCAGAUCAAAGAUAAAAUGCAUGAAGUGUGGAGGUAAAUCGGAGCGACAUGAAAGGAUGAUGGAUCUGACUGUUGAAAUAGAAGGCGAUAUUGGUACCCUUGAAGAGGCUUUACGGCAGUUUACGAGUACUGAGAUUUUGGAUGGUGAAAACAAGUAUCAAUGUAGCAGAUGCAAAUCUUAUGAGAAAGCCCGAAAGAAGUUGUCAGUACUGGAGGCUCCUAAUGUUCUGACUAUCGCAUUGAAGAGAUUUCAGUUGGGUAAAUUUGGGAAACUCAAUAAGUCGAUUCGCUUCCCAGAGAUUCUGGACCUAGCCCCAUGUAUGAGUGGGACAAGUGACAAGUCCCCAGUGUUUCGACUUUAUGGAGUGGUAGUUCACUUGGAUGUCAUGAACGCUGCGUUUUCUGGUCACUAUGUGUGCUAUGUUAAGAAUAUUCAGAACAAAUGGUUCAAGAUUGAUGAUAGUAGAGUAAAAGCGGUGGAACUGGAAAAGGUCUUGACCAAAGGGGCAUACAUGCUUUUUUAUGCUAGGUGUUCACCACGGACCCCAAAGUUAAUAAGGAAUUCAAUAAUUCCUCGUGAUCCACGAAAAUCUAAGAACCCAACAUCUAAGUCAAGAUCCCACUCCACAGGUCCAUGGGAUGUUUCCAUUGGUACUGAAUGCUCGUACUUAAAUCAUACUGGUUUCCAGAUGAUUCAGACAAUUUUGGAAGAGGACUCUUCAAGUGACAAGUCUUCCUCUCUCUUCUCUGAGGCUUGUUCUUGCAGUACCGAUAGCAGCAAUAGGGAUUCUAGUAGCACCGAUGACUAUGUUGAUCAAAUAUUUGAUUUGGGAUGCAAUGAGAAUAGCCAUUUCAGGAAUUCCUCAGAUUCUGACACCUCAUCCUCCUCGUCCUCUCCUUCACCCUUGUACUCUAGGCAUUCACCGCUUCCUGACUUGGAUUGUUACACCUCAAAAUAUCCCAAGGCGAGUGACUCUCGGAUUCACAAUGCAGAAUCAGCAGGUGUAGAUGGUGAUGGUCUUUGGGAAAGGCUAGCAAGCAGGAGUAGCAAAGUGGAAGCCUUGAACAGCAAAGGAAGUGUCCCUUUUUUGUGUUCCGACUCAACUAAGCAUAGAAAGUUAGUUAGUAGAAGUUGUAGGGAGACUGAGGCAGAUAGAUUAGAAACGGUUAGCCCUUUCAACAACGCGAAAACUAGAGUAUGUUUUAGAAGAUCAACGAGGGGAAGGAUGGAUUAAAGGUUCAAUUAGAGGUUUUGAGUUAAGAGAGAAGGGAAUAAGAGUUCGGGCAGUGGGGUCAGGGAUUGGUCGUAUGUAUACAUACUCUUGCUGUUGGCUUCGUUGAAAACGAGCCAUCAUUUUGUCA